AUGCAGGAUCCAGAAGAAUUCCUGACCCUUGUUAUGCAGCGAAUUCUGUGUUUGGAGCCACUUCUUAAACUGUCAGCAGGGGACAAGGUGCAGGAGAACUACUGUUACCAGAUUUUCCUGGAUCAGAAACACUCGCUCAUUCUGCCAACCGUUCAGCAGCUGCUGGAGCACUCUCUCCACUGGUCCGGGCUCACACUGGCCGAGAUCCCCUCCUGCCUCAUCCUGCAGAUGCCGCGCUUCGGCAAGAAGUUCAAGCUGUUCGACAAGAUCAUUCCAUCCCUGGAGCUCGACAUCAGUGACCUCCUGUCAGAGAGUCCUCGAGAGUGUGUGUUAUGCGGUCAGCUGGCUGGUUUGGAGUGCACAGACUGCUUCACAGAUCCGACCUUUGGAAGGACAGGUUUCAAACAGUUCUGCCGAACCUGCUCUGCACAGGUACACAGCCACCCCCAGAGGAAGUUGCACCGGCCCUCUGAUCUUCGCCUGCCGGAGGGGUACCCCCCCUCGGGGGCCAGGCAGUGGGGACCCCCCCGGGAGAAGCUGCAGCUGUUCGCCGUGCUGUGCAUAGAGACCAGCCACUACGUGUCCUUCGUCCGAUACGGCCCCCGCCCCGGGGACUGGCUCUUCUUCGACAGCAUGGCUGACCGAGUCGGAGACCAGGACGGGUACAACAUCCCGCAGGUACAGCUGUGUCCUGAGGUGGAGCGCUACCUGCAGAUGAGCCCGGCGGAGCUGGCCACUCAGGUGCCCCGGGAAAUGGAGGGCGUGGCCAAACGUCUCUUCUGCGACGCCUACAUGUACCUGUACCAGAGCCCGAGCAUGGCCCUGUACCGCUGAGCGUAGUACACCUGUACCCUUACCUGCAGCUCACCUUUAACUUACCUGUACCCUUACCUGCAACUCACCUUUAACUUACCAGUGCCUUAUCUGUGAGAUGCCUUUUUAUGUGCCUGCACCUUACCUUUUACUUACCUGUACCUUACCUGCAACUCACCUUUAACUUACCUGUACCCUUACCAGCAACUCACCUUUUACUUACCUGCACCCUUACCUGCAACUCACCUUUAACUUACUUGUACCUUAGCUUUCAAUUGCCUUUUACUUACCUGUACAUCACCUGUCCCUCACCUGUAACACCCUACCACGUGGGAGUUCUCCUGCACCAUAGUGCCAAACACAUCAGCCUGCAUCAGCCUGUCUGGCAGCUGCUGAAGACCCUACAGCCUGUCUGGCAGCUGCUGAAGACCCUACAGCCUGUCUGGCAGCUGCUGAAGACCCUACAGCCUGUCUGGCAGCUGCUGAAGACUCUACAGCCUGUCUGGCAGCUGCUGAAGACCCUACAGCCUGUCUGGCAGCUGUUGAAGACCCUACAGCCUGUCUGGCAGCUGCUGAAGACCCUCAGCCUGUCUGGCAGCUGCUGAAGACCAUACAGCCUGUCUGGCAGCUGCUGAAGACCCUACAGCCUGUCUGGCAGCUGUUGAAGACCCUACAGCCUGUCUGGCAGCUGUUGAAGCCGACGCCAGGGAUCCCUUCAGCCUUGGAAUGGCAGCGGGCUUUUGGGGCGACUAAAACGUCUUUUGUUAAUUAGCCUAUGCAACAGGACAGCUGAAACCCAGUUAGUUAACCCAGGGGUUACAGGUAGAUAAAUCAUGCCCCCUGCUGAAUCGCCUGUAGCUCACCUGUCUGUCCUGCUAUGGGGCUUUGGCAAGGCAGUCAGCCACCUCUGUGCUGGACCAAAUACUUAAAACACAAUACCUGCUCUGUACUAGGCUCACCUGUACCAAAAUACCUGCUCUGUACUAGGCUCACCUGUACCAAAAUACCUGCUCUGUACUAGGCUCACCUGUACCAUACCUGUUCUGUGCUAGGCUUGCCUGUACCAUAAUACCUGUUCUUCACAUGUGCUAUUACCUGCAAGUUGCCUGUUUUUUUUACACUACUCUGAACUUACAAUAAACACAGAAGAUACACUGUUUUUUUUAGAAAUUCAAAUCGGCUCUUCAAGUCCGAUUGUUGUUUGAGCUUCAUGCGGAACUGGAAGGACAAUCUGUAUAGUUUGUGUGGAGUCGAUAUUAAUCUUUGCUAUUUUUUCAGAGGGUAAGGUUAUUUUUCAGCCAAGCCAAUAUCUUAAUUAGCUCUGUAAUGCCUUUGCUUGGCAACGGAUGUAAAUAAGGAGAAGGGAAAAAAAAAAGAGAAAACUUCUGCACUUUAAAACAAAACAAAAAAAAAAUGAAG